GAAUGUAUGUUCAAAGAAAGCAAACAAUUUGUCGAGACAGGCGCGUUUCAGCCAAGAACGGAAAGAAAAUUGGCGUAUGUGGCGCUUCUGUUUUGGAAUAAAGUAGAAUAUAGGGCUGAGAUGAUCUCAUCAAAGUUUUUCUUUGUAUGGUGGCUCGUUUUGUUGUUGUUCUCGUAUUGUUUUGGAAUUUAUCGGUGAACAUGAGAUAUUUAGAUGUUCUAAUGGAAAGCUAGACGUUGUUUUGACGGAGAAACUAGAUUGAAUGCUCGAUCUAUUUCGAGACAUGUGCUAAAAAGAUGAGAACAACCCUGUUGUCUCGAUUCUUUGUCAAUUGCAUAUUCGAUGAUAAAGAAAGCAAUCGUCGAUAAAGAGAUUAUAUGAUCUUUGUCAAAACCAUCAGUUUCAAACAAUGGCCAGAAGAAUCUACUUAAUUCGGACAAUAACCAUUGUAAACCCAGCAGCUCAUCCUCUCAAAAAUAACAAGUCCAGUCUUCAAAAUACAAAGUCCUACAGCUUUAUAUAUCUUUAUACUUUAAUUGAACAAACAAAUACCACACAAACCCAUAUCCACUUCCAACAUGGCUUCGAGGACAUCUUUCAAGCCAGUCGAGGUGCAGGUAGUUUACGGAGAAUGCGGACACGUUUUGAGAAAGACCCAGGUAAUCCCCAUCCAAGUUCCCGUCAGCGGAGAGACGUCCAAGAAGAAGAAACGCAGCAGCUCUACUUCAUCUAACGCAUCCAAAUCAUCUCGUCGCAGCAGCUGGAAGUCUUUCCUUUGCACCGGUGCAGAGCAAGUUGAGAGUGACUCUGACAAUGAAGCAGGUCUCGAAUUCCAAUGCGCAGGACUUGAACUCGUCGACCACGUUGCCGGCUUAUGUCCAGACUGCACAGCCCGACAAGCUCGCUUGAUCGCUCACCAACAAGCACGAGACUCCGAGAUCAUCCGCGCUCAAAUUGCUCAAGAGCAAGACAAUGAGCGCGAACGGCAACGUCGAACCUAUAGACGCAUGGAGGACCGACGCACCAAGUUCCGAUGUGACAAAUGCAUCAGAGAAGAUCGACAUUCCAUCGACCGAUCGGGAAAUGACGGAUUCUGCUGCGAAUUUGGACAAUCAUUCUGGAAUGCCAAAAUACCCGAUGCUGAACACUUUUCCGUCCCCACCGAAGAAUUAAAGCGCAUGACCGUCGGUACAUCUACAGCACGACACGCGGCAACCAAGGCAGCCAAUUCCUACGGAUGGCAACCCCAACCUGACCAAUUCAACAGGAUCGAACCCGAGGUCAUUAGACAAUUCAUCGGAAUCCCAGGAAGCCAGGCUGCAUCUUUGCCCCCUCCCCCAGCUCCUAGAUACGAGGACGCCAAUCUCGAUAUCGCGCGAUGGAACGCUCAAGUACGAACUCAUCGAGGUACAGUACCGGCGCCAAAUAAACCACUCCCUCAAAUCCCAUCGACAAGAAAGCCUCGGGCUACACCAGCGAGAUUGAGACCAUCGACUGGACCACAAGGAUCUUGCAGGGUAAGCCCGCUCAGGACCAAAGACUCAGAUGUGUCUAUCAUGACAUCCCCAGCAGAAAGUGGUGAGGUAUCACCAGUGUCACUUACCAACAGUCAUUGGCCAUCGGACCUUUCUAGACCAAAGACACAAGACGGGGAAUACAACUUGAGAAGACAGAUGUCUACUCUUGAACACGAAAUUGAUGGUGCAUUGGAGAGUUGGACACAACCACAGGCAGCACCACAACCACAACCAGAGGAGAGAAGACGCAGAAGAUGAUUUUCCUUUGUUCGAUAUAGAGUAACCGCAAGAGAAGACGUAGAAGACAAUUCCACUCCUUAGUUUCAUUUGUUAAUUUCAUCUGCUGGCUUUUCCCGAAAGGAUCA